AUGUCUACCCAACCCCCUCACAACACUCUGCUCAUCCCGGGCCCCAUUGAGUUUGACGAUGCCGUGCUGCAGUCCAUGUCCCACUAUGCUGAGAGCCAUGUCGCUCCCGGCUUCGUCAAGGUCUUUGGUGAGACCUUGACCCUCCUCCGUAAGCUCUUCCAGUCGACCAACCCCUCCGCCCAGCCCUUCCUCAUUGCCGGCUCUGGCACCCUGGGCUGGGACCUGGUCGCUGCCAACCUGAUCGAGCGCGGCGAGAACGCCCUCGUCCUGAACACCGGUUACUUCGGUGACUCCUUCGGCAACUGCCUGACCACCUACGGCGCCGAGGUGACACACCUCCGCGCUCCGAUCGGCGACCGCCCCGCCUUCGAAGAGAUCGAGGCCGCCCUCAAGCAGAAGCCCUACAAGCUGCUGACCGUGACACACGUCGACACCUCCACCGGUGUCCUGAACGACAUCAAGCGCGUGGCCGAGGUUGUCCGCCGCGUGAGCCCCGACACCCUCGUCGUGGUCGACGGCGUGUGCAGUGUCGGUUCGGAGGAGAUCGCCUUUGACGAAUGGGACCUGGACGCGGUCGUGACCGCAUCGCAAAAGGCCAUCGGCUGCCCUCCCGGUCUGAGCAUCGUCUACUGCUCCGGCCGCGCGAUCCAGCGCGCCCAGUCCCGCAAGACCCCGCCUGCCUCCUACUACGCCUCCAUCGCCAACUGGCUCCCCAUCAUGCAGAACUACGAGGCCUGCAAGCCCUCCUACUUUGCCACCCCGCCCACCCAGCUCGUUCACGCCCUGCACACCACCCUCAGCCAGAUCACCUCCCGCCCCAUGUCCGAGCGCUUCGCCAUCCACACCGCCGCUUCGGACAAGGUCAAGGCCGCCAUUGCCGAGAUCGGCCUGGCCCAGGUUGCUCCCAAGCCCGAGUGCCAGGCCCACGGCAUGACUGCCAUGUACCUCCCCGACGGCCUGUCCCCGCCCGAUGUGCUGCCCGGUCUGCUGAAGCGCGGUGUGAUCUUCGCAGCUGGCCUGCACAAGGAGAUUGCCACUAAGUAUAUCCGCUUCGGCCACAUGGGUGUUAGCAUUUCGGAUCCCAGCCGUAAUGAUAUUGAUAAGGCUUUGUCGGCGCUGAAGGAGGCGUUGGCUGAGGCUAAGCAGGCUAAGGGUCUGUAA